AAUGUUAUGAUUGAUCCUGUUGAGGGGAUAGUCGGAUGCACGAUCGAUAAGAUAGCGGGAUGUGGGGUCACUGCAGUGGUGCUCAAGCUCCUAACGCCCGUCCAUCGACAAGGCUGUCCCGCCAGCCUCCUCACCUCUUCCCAAUCGCACAGCUUUCGCAACCCCCCCAUUUUUUAUACAGCUCCCAAUGUAACCAUAUUCAAGAUAUCCUCUAACCAUUCUAACCAUGGAAAACCCAAAAGCAACCCUCCCCAUCCACCCCCCCCACCGCUGGACCGGCCCCAGCGCCCCCAUGAAGCGCCCCAAAGAAAUCGCCUGCUUCUCCUACACCCCCUCCCACGAAUACCGUCCCGACGCGUCGGGGCUGCGGUACUACUACCCCCCCCGCCUCGGCGCGGACCUGUGUAAGGGGUUUGAGACGUUUGAGAAGCUGGAUGAGAGCACGGAUGACCAUUUGGAGAGUUUGUUGAGGACGAUUGUGGGGGUGGAGAGGGAGAGGGGGGGGAGAUGUGAGGCGGAUGUUGUGACGUGGAGGGGGAUGAUGACGAAGUUGUUGGCGUGUCCGUUUGAGGAUCGGGAUGGGUUUGAGAUGAAUGCUACGUUUUACCAAGGCACGAUAUAUAUCGAAGAGAGCCACGAAUAUAAAGCACAAAGACAAGCGCGACAGAGCAGGGUUCAAACAGCCCCAGGCCGGCCGAGUCAAGACAUGAUGUCCUACUGGGGCUACAAAUUCGAAACCCUCUCCCUCCUCCCCGACACCUGGGACGCCACAUCCCGCGAGUACAUCGAAGGGCGCGAAGAGCAAAUCGUCAACAACGCCGCGCAAUACUGUUCCGUCGUACAAACCGGCAUCGGUGACACCUCCCUCAUCAUCGGCGGCGAGAUCGACGCAAUCUGGGACUCCAAACCCCCCCCCCGACCAGCCAAACCAACUUCGUCGAGCUCAAAACCUCUCUCGACCCCUCCAGCCCCCGCGACUUGCAAGCAUUCGAACGCAAACUCCUCAAAUUCUGGCUUCAAUCCUUCCUUUUAGGGGUCCCCAAGAUAAUCGUCGGAUUCCGCUCCGCCAACGGUCAACUACGACGGCUAGAGGAGCUGGAGACGGCCAAGAUUCCGGGGAUCGUGAAGAAGAGGGGGGGGUGGG